CCCUCUUCACUCCACAGCAGCUCUCAGCAGCACAUCACAACACAGCAGCCGCUGGACGACACACACAAACACGCACAAACACACACACACGCAGAGCGGCAUCCUCAGCUCAGACUGAGACGCCCCCGGACUGCUGCAGGCGAGGAUGAAGGUGUGGUCAUGGGAGCAGCGAGGUGAGACGGGGCUGGUUCUUCUGGCCUUCCUGACUCUGGCGCUGUCUUUGGGGAACCUGUCCACGAGGACUCUGCAGGAGGACGGCGUGGCAUCAAACAGUCUGGAAGAGGAGUUGGAGGUGACCACAUACUGGUGGGGGGAGUGGGCCAAGUGGACAGCCUGCACCCGAACCUGUGGGGGCGGAGUUAUGUCGCAGGAGCGACACUGUCUCAAACAGAGAAAGAAAGUUGCUGGUGGAAAGGAUAACAUGACCUGCAUUGGAAAUGCCAAAAAAUAUCACCUGUGCAACACCAAAGAAUGUCCUGCCACUGGAAGGAGCUUCAGAGAAGAGCAGUGCUGGUCCUUCAACUCACAAAUUUACAGUGGGAGGAGCUACCAGUGGAAACCUCUCUAUCCUGCCGACUAUGUUCACAUUUCGAGUAACCCCUGUGACCUCCACUGCACCACGAUUGAUGGCCAGAGGCAGCUCAUGGUGAUGGCACGAGACGGCACCUCCUGCAAGUACAGCAGCUACAGAGGCGUCUGUGUAGACGGCACCUGUGAGCCCAUUGGGUGUGAUGGUGUUCUGUUCUCGUCCAACACCUUGGAUAAAUGUGGAGUUUGUCAGGGUGACGGCAGCAGUUGCAGCAGAGUCACAGGGAACUUCCGCCGUGCAGCCACAACUCUGGGUUACUUGUUCAUCACACAAAUCCCUGAAGGAUCCUGGGACAUCCAGAUCAUCGAGAGAAAGAAAUCUGCUGAUGUUCUUGCGGUGACUGACCAAGCGGGAAACUUCUUCUUUAAUGGAGCCUACAAGCUGGACAGCCCUCAGAACUUCCAUGCUGCAGGCACCGUCUUCAAGUACCGUCGACCCAUGGAUGUGUACGAGACCGGGAUUGAGUACAUUGUUGCCAAAGGCCCCAUCGACCAGGCUAUCAACAUCCUGGUUUGGUAUCAGAAUGGACGAACACCAUACAUCACUUAUGAAUACACAGUCCUCAGAGACUCCCUGCCGGCCGUUCCACCUCCUCCAGUCUACACGGGAUCAGAAACAUCUGCGGGGGAGGUGUCAGCUGAAGAUGGUGGCCCUCUGGUCCAUAACACCAACAAUAAUGACCACGAAGUCCCUACAGGUACAAUAAAAACAGGCGGGGCUGAAGGGCAGAAGGCUCAAGAGACCAAUGAGGUGUACGAGGAAUCAGCAGCCAUUGACUGUGAGCAGGACAGAGCAACCAGCCCCAAGUUUACAGGGAACAGCAGUAAUACAAGCAGCACGGGUAAUCCUUCGCUUGAAGGUGGUCGAAUGGAACCAGGAUCAGAACCAGACUCCACAAACCUCAUAUGGAGGGAUCUGCUAGAUGGCCGCAUUGAUCCAGAAGAACUGCUUAUCAACAUCUCCACCAAUCAGCUGCUGACACAGGAAGAGGGCUUGUUCUCCUCUGAGGUGGGACCAGUGGACGCGGGCCCGGGCAUCCUGCAGCGAGGUGGGUCGUUUGACAUGAAUGAGACGCUGGAAUUCACUCUGGGCCAAAAACGCAAUGACAGCAGUGACAUCAACCAAAACAGAACCAUCCAGGGUGGACGGACAUCCAGUCGUGUCAACAGAACCAGGGGGAACCAGCGACUCUACCAGAAGAACCUGAAGCUCAGCCCGGCUGACAUGUAUCGCUGGAAGCUGUCGUCUCAGGAGCCAUGCAGCAUGACCUGCUCUGUAGGAGUGUCAAGGUCCUUCGUCACUUGUGUACGGUAUGAUGGCAUUGAGGUCCAUGACAUGUACUGUGACGCUCUGACCCGGCCAGAACCGGUCCAUGACUUCUGUAUCGGGAGGGAAUGUCAGCCCAGAUGGGAGGCAAGCAGCUGGAGCGAGUGCUCCAGGACCUGCGGGGAGGGUUUCCAGUUUCGUCAGGUCCGUUGCUGGAAGAUGCUCUCGCCGGGUCUGGACAGCUCCGUCUACAGCGACCUCUGUACCAUGGCUGACCUGGAGAGACCCGUGGAGCGGCGAGCCUGCAAAAGCCCCACCUGUGGUCCACAGUGGGAGGUGGCAGAGUGGACAGAGUGCCCUGCAAACUGUGGCCGCAGGGCCCAGGUGACCCGUGACGUGCGCUGCUCUGAUGAGACCAGACCAUGUGACCCGAUGAGCAAACCAGCAAACACCAAGAACUGCACGGGCCCGCCCUGUGAGCGCCAGUGGACUGUGUCUGAGUGGGGGCCUUGCUCCGGCUCAUGCGGUCAGGGGAAGACGGUGCGCCACGUCUUCUGCAAGGCCCCAGAAGGUCGGGUGGUUCCUGAGAGCCAGUGUUCCCGGGAGAACAAGCCGCUGGCUAUCCACCCCUGUGGAGAGAGAGACUGUGCUCCUCACUGGCUGAGCCAAGACUGGGAUCGGUGUAACACAACAUGUGGACGUGGGGUGAAGCGAAGAGUGGUGCUUUGUGUUGGCAUCACCGGAGGAAAGUUCAAAAUAUUUGACGAAGAAGCAUGCGGACACAAAGACAAGCCUGAAGAGGAAAACACCUGCUUUGAGAGGCCUUGCUUCAAAUGGUACACCACCCCCUGGUCCGAGUGCACAAAGACGUGUGGUGUGGGUGUCAGGAUGAGGGACGUCAAAUGCUACCAGGGUUGGGAGCUGGUCCGAGGCUGUGACCCCCUCACCAAACCUGUGGCCAAACAGACCUGCACCCUGCAGCCCUGCCCCACCGAGCCUCCAGAUGAAAGCUGUCAGGAUCGGCCCUCCACCAACUGUCUGCUGGCCCUGAAGGUGAAUCUGUGCAGUCACUGGUACUACAGCAAAGCCUGCUGCCACUCCUGCCGUGCCGUCCGGGCUCCAGCCUCAUAGUCCAGAAUGGUACCACGGCUACCCCCUUCCGGUCGUACUCCAGCUGGGGAAACAUACAAGUGCUUUCCCUGAAGCAAUCAUCACUGUGAACAAUGGGAAGAAGACAAAUGUGGGCGUCCACCUGUUUAUGACAAGAACUUUUCGAGGUUGGCUCAUGCUGAUUCGUUAUCUACCCCUGCUCCAAACAGAACCUCAUGUAUUUUUGUUGAUGCCUGACAUUCUGUUGGUCUGCCCUUUUAUUUUCAUAUCUCAACUGUAAUCCAUGUUGUAUCCGCAGUUAUUGAUUAUCAGUUAUAAGUAUUAGUUGGGUCAGAAGAUGGUUCUUUUAACAACAAGCAGGAGCCGCUACAGACGGUUUCACAGCUCCUGAUUGUUUAGAAGAUCUGUUAAGUUAUUUCUCAGCUGAGUAUACUGCAUGAGUAGAAUAUUUAAUAGGGUUAUUUAAAUAUGGUGCUUUAUAUUUAGUGUCUGGCCAGAUAAAAUAAGCAAGUAUUUCUAUUGUGCUGCUGGCUCUUCCAUGGCGCCCCCGCCUGCAGGAAGUGAGCAUGUUUGUUUGUCAUAGCACAUUUUCAUUUAUCCUGACGGUCCUGGUGCCAGCUGUGGCUGCUCAUUGGGUCAAUUAAUGCUAGCUCUGUUGACACAGACAGAGAUCUUAGCACAGAAGGAGAGAAUCCUGACACUUGAAGUACGGCUGAAGUGUAGUCAGACGUGUACAUGUAUGUCUCACUUUAAACUUGUCCUUUACUGUGUUUAUAUAACUGAUACCUCUUUGUACAAAACUCAAAAAUGAAGAUUGGUUACUGUUGAUAAAUAAACCAAAAACAGUUA